AUGAGGACAAUUUUUUUGCUUUCAACUCUUGUGAUCUUUGUUUUGUCAUGUACGUCAAAUGCUACGGUGAAAUCUUAUUCGGAAGAGAAAUCUCAUUCUUUCUAUCCAACAACGAACUCUCUAGUUGAUUUAAAAUCAGAAGAUGAACUUCCACCAGAUGAACGUCUAGGAGUUUCGCAUGCUCGCAACAGAGUUGGUUUCUGUCAAGAAUGUGCACAUCAUUGUUUGAGAAAGAAACGGAUUAUUGGUGAAUGUCGUUGGUUUGUAUGUCAUUGCUCUAUAAGAACUAUUGGUGUGGGAUUGUAGUUUGUUUUGAAAUACCUACAUAUAAAAUACAAUGAACUAAUAUAUUCAUAUUAUACAAAUUGAGUAAAUUUUAUGACAUACGUUAUUUUCAGCUCAAAUCACCACCCACUUA